AUGAAGGAUGCUAUCAACCCUCUAAGGCAAACUCUUGAAGGGACUCAAGUUCUUGUUCAUGCUGCUGGUGGGUUGGUGGUCACAGAAGCUGGUUUUGAUACUGAGAAGUUCAUGAAUAUAAAAUGCUGGUAUAGUGGUUCAACACCACAUUGUGCAGUUGUAGUUGCAACUAUAAGGGGCUUGAAAAUGCAGGGUGGUGGGCUGGAAAUUGUUGCUGGGAAGCCGCGUAGUAAUGCCUGCAUAACUGAGAAUGUGGCUCUGGUUGAGGCCGGUUAUGUGAAUUUUGGCCAGGCAUAUAUAUCAAACACAAAAGUCUAUGGUGCUGGGGCAUAUGAUGCAGUUAUUUGUAUCCAUCAUGCCGAUGAUGGAAGAGCAGCGGUUAGUCACUUCCUCCCAUUAGUCUUAUAA